AUGUCGAACACAAGGAACAUGAACCAAGCCAACAACUUCUGGGACUUUAUCGCCAGCAUGCAGAACAACCAGGUUGCUUCUCCCUUCGCCGAAGGUAGAGGUCCCGCUGCCGAAUUCAAUCCUUUUGAGGGUCAGGAAUUCUGGGGCCCUUGGGCUCAUCGCGGCCGAAGACAUGGUCCCCCUCAUGGACACCAUGGACCACCUCAUGGUCCAGCCCAUCGCCAUGGUCACAGAGGACCUUCGCCUCCUCCCCCACCUCCCGAGCACGAGGGAGCCGCUCAUCCACCACCACCACCUCACGUCGAUGAGCCUUCAUCUCGCUCGCCCAGCCCCCACACUCCUCCUGAGACUCCUGCGGAACCUCAUCACCAUCCCCACCCUCGCCAUGCAGGGCCCCCUCAUCACGGACCUCACCACGUGCCUCACCAUGGACCUCAUCAUCAUGAAGAGCAUGCUCGCAGAGGCCGUGGCGGACGCGGUCCCCGUGGCGGUCAUCACAGCCACCCUCGUGGCGGCCCGCCCGCAUUCCCCUUCGACCUGAAUGCUCUAGCCGAAGCCUUUGCACCUGCGCUCUUCGGCGGCAACGUCUUCGGUGGCGAAGAGCAGUCCAAAUCCACCAACAAAGAGCAGCACAAAUCCAACGACGGCAGCUUCACCCCCUCCAUCGACCUCUUCAGCACUCCUACCUCAUACAUCAUCCACACCUCCCUGCCCGGCGCCAAAAAGUCCGACCUGGACAUCACCUACAACAGCACCCGCAACAGCAUUACCAUCUCGGGCGUCAUCACCCGCCCUGACGUCUCAGAAACCAUGAUGAACUGCCUCAUCCAGGACGAAAGAAGAGAAGUCGGCAUGUUUGAGCGCGAAGUCAAACUCGAGGACAAUGUCAAGAUCGACGAGGAAAAAAUUGGCGCUAAGCUUGAGGAUGGUGUUUUGAGGGUUGUCGUGCCCAAGAUUACUGAAGAGGAAGAGGGCUGGGAAAGCGUAAGAAAGGUCGAGCUGGAGUAG